AUGAUAUACUUACUACUGAUACAUCUUGCUUGCGCUAUCUUUCUUGUUAAUUCUCAUGGCAGCAACCCUUCUCCCUUUUCUCCGAAGUCUAAUUUCUGUACUACUGCUCCAUUCCCACGAGCAGUAUGGGCGCCUGCCUAUACUGUUCUAAACGAUUAUCUGUACAUCCAAGGCGGACAGUCUGAAAAUCUAGAAUACCUUGAACAGUUCUAUCGCCUUGAUCUAUCCAAGGCCUGGAAGACAGAAUGUCCAGCGUGGGAAAAACUACGGCCAGGACCCAAAAACUUUUACCAUACUUGUACAGGAGUUCCACCCGAAUCAGUGCUUCCACAAAACAGGACUCUGUACGUACCGCGCAACCUCUCAUGGAUGUUGUUGCGUCAAGCAGAUAUGAACUCUUCCUCUUCUUUCUCAAACCUUGAUGAGGGCUCGAUUUUAACUUUCAAGGCAACAGCAACAGACCCAGCAAACAGUCUUGUUAACCGGUAUAAGCUUUCGACAGCACGUUGGACAAGCUCUAAUGUCAAAGUAUUGGUGCCUCGACGUUAUGGGAUUGAGGCGGUGAUGGAUCCACGUUCUGGGCUGGUUUAUCUCCUUGGAGGCUAUAACACUUGGCGCUUGGACAGUAUGACUGUGUAUGACCCAUAUUCGGAUACAUUGGCCUCAGUACCGUUAUCGACGCAACAAGGUAGUCAAGAAGCCCAGGUGUUGGGACUGACGUUUUUUUCUGCAGCAUGGGUUACGAGUCUGCAACAAAUUCUGUAUUUUGGAGGAACAAAUGACCUGUCUCCGAAUAGAUCAGCUGCCAAUAUCGCGCUAUAUUCGCCUACAGAGAAUCGAUGGACAUCCGUGACCACUCAAGGUGAUGUACCGCAAGACAUCUAUGGAGCCUGUCAUACAAUAGAUGUCCUGCGAAACAGAGCCAUAUUAUUUGGUGGGUCUGGCCAUGGGAACCCGCCUCAUGAUUCCAAUCAAAUUUUUUUCCUUGAUCUCAAUCCAACAUCCAAGUCUAUGUUUACUUGGCGUCAAGGCCAGCCGGCUUCACAGACGCGCCGUAAUAUGGCAUGCACAGCUUAUAAGCAAUUUUUCAUUGCUUGGGGUGGUAAAGUUAAUGGCACAGUAGGGGGAUCUAAAGAACAUUUAUAUCCUAUCGUCUAUGACCUCACAAAGGAUAUCUGGGUCGAUUGGUUUGGUCAACCAAGUAAAUAA